AUGGAGAACAGAGUGGCUUCUCUUUUAAUUCUCACAAUGGCAAUCUUAUGCUGCACCGGACAUACGGCAGCUACCGUCAAGCAUUGCCCCGACUGCGGGCACAUGCGGGUGCCAUAUCCGCUAAGCACAUCACCGGACUGCGGUAACCAACAAUACAAGGUCCGGUGCAAUGCAGGGGUGCUCUGGCUUGACACUCUCAAUAGCUCAUCAUACUUAAUCACAUCAAUUAACCCACUAACCCAGCGCCUAAUCAUCCGGCCGCCGGGGUUAGCGAACAACGUCACGUGCAUGGCAGCUGACUUUAAGUCCCAAGGCAUUUUACUGGACAACAACCUCCCUUUCAACAUUAGCAGCGGCAACACAGUCAUAGGCAUGAACUGUUCCAAUGAAAUGCUCACUCUCUCUCAAAACUGCUCAUCAAACAGUCUCUGCCACGACUACGUUAAGCACAACCCAAUGGCUGCCUCGGCGUGCAGGAAGUUUCCGUUGUGCUGCUUGUACAAGACUGGAGGGUCUAACAAUGCUUACAAGAUCAGGGUUAGGAAGGAGAGGUGCUCCGCUUAUGUGAGCUUUGUGAAUUUGGACACUUCUUCUGGGGCUCUGAGCAGCUGGCCUGAGCCUGGGGUUGAGAUUAUGUGGGAGCUGCCGCCAGAGCCAGAGUGCAAGCUGCCAAUUGACUGUGGCGAUUUGAUGAACUCUGUAUGUUUGGCGGAUCGGUUUGGACAAAGAAGGUGCUUGUGCAAGGCUGGGUUUCAAUGGGACGCCAUCAAUGCAAUAUGCCACAACAUCAAGUGUCCAAAUUGGAGACGCUGCAAACGUCGAAAGAAACUAGCUCCACUCAUUGGAGGCCUGGUCUUUGCUGCGGUUGCAAUGCUUAUUGGAGCCAUUAUUGGAUCUGUAGUCUACAAGCGACGUGACCAAAACGUUGCGAGAUCAGCACAUUUUAGCUUGACAAAGUUCCGGGAAGACAUGCUAAAUGCCAACAAUAGCGCUGGCAAAUCAGCCAAGAUCUUCACUGGCAAAGAAAUCACAAGAGCAACCAACAAUUUCUCCAAAGACAACGUGCUUGGCUCUGGUGGAUUUGGUGAAGUCUUUAAAGGAGUUCUUGAUGAUGGAACAAUCACAGCAGUCAAGAGAGCCAAGCCUGGCAACACUAAAGGCAUGGAUCAAAUCUUCAACGAAGUUCGAAUUCUCUGUCAAGUAAACCAUAGAAGCCUAGUCAAAUUGAUGGGGUGUUGCCUUGAGCUUGAACAGCCUCUCUUGAUCUACGAGUAUAUCCGCAACGGUACCCUUUUCGAACAUCUCCAUACAGGAAAUUUCAACACUUCAAAAAGGGUCUCACUCACUUGGCCUAUGAGGCUUACCAUUGCUCGUCAAACAGCUGAAGGGCUUGCCUAUCUGCACGAUUCUGUCGUGCCACGAAUUUACCACUGCGACAUAAAAUCAAGCAACAUUUUACUCGACGACAAGCUCAAUGCAAAAGUUGCUGAUUUUGGGCUGUCAAGGCUUGCCAUGACUGAAUCAAGUCACAUUACAACAUGUGCUCAGGGGACCUUGGGUUACCUAGACCCCGAAUAUUACCUAAACUUUCAGCUGACCGAUAAGAGCGAUGUCUAUAGCUUUGGAGUGGUGCUGUUGGAGCUGUUGACAUCUAAGAAAGUUAUUGAUUUUAACAGACAAGAAGAGGAUGUGAACUUAGUGGUCUAUGUUAAGAACAUUUUAAGGGAAGAGAGACUAAUGGAUGCCAUUGAUCCUAGGAUAAAAGAUGGGGCUGGCAUUGUAGAAUUGGAGACUAUGAAAGCCUUGGGGUCGCUAGCCUCGGCUUGCUUGGAUGAGCGAAGGCAGAAUCGGCCCUCAAUGAAAGAAGUUGCUGACGAGAUUGAGUACAUCAUCAGUAUUGUUACAAAUCAGGUUUCAGCAACUUAG